AUGAGUAACUGGAAAGAACUGGGAGAAGUCCCUGAUUCUGAGGAAGAAGAUGGAUUCGAGAGCCAAGAAUUACCAUCAUUACCUACGAUCACGCAGACGAAUAAGACCAUUAGUGAACGAUUCAACAGUCAACAAGUUGACACGGCCAACCAUGAGGAGAAGGAUAAAGAUCGCGACAUCUGGGAGGUCCCCAAUUCCUCACAGGAGCUUACCCACCAUGCUCUUUCAACCAAGACACCUGCUCGAAUACCAGGAGUAACGCCAAAGCAGCCCGAAAGCCAUGGAUUUCCCUCUGAUAUUUAUGAUAUUCUUACAUCAUCGCCUCUAUCAUCCAUACACUCGGAUGUUGACCUGCCUGAUAUCGACAGCCUUGACCUCGAACGACCGAAUGUGACGACCGAAGCCACACUGUCGAAUGAAGCCCAGGAAAUCGAUACGGCCAGUAAAGAAACACCAAACAUUGCGAUUGAACGAUCGUCGCCGCCUCCAGCUCCCGAGUUCGAGGACAGCCGGGAUACUGAGCAUCCAUCAUCGUCACUAGUCCUUGGAGAUGACCAUGCAAUAUCCAUGCCUCGCCGAAUUCUGGGCACUAGCUCCGAGAACCAGGCUGCCCAACAAGCUGCUAUUCGUUACGAACGGUCAUUUCGCCCCAGAAAGCCUAUCCAAGAACGUCCUUAUGCCAUUGAAUUGUCCCGCUACUCCAACACGCUCAAGAGCCAUGGCGUCCGGCCAAUCAGACUUGCAAUGGAAGGAGAAAAACGACGUCGACAACAGGCUGAGCAAGAUUCUUCGCAGGAUAAGGACUUUGAAGAUGAUAGCCAAGGCUCAAACAUACCGGAAAUAUCUGAUGAGAGCCAAUUGAAGGGUGCGGAGGACUUUUUGGACGCCUUGGACACACUCGAUCUUCCCUCACCUUCGCCACCGAAGACGUCUCCAAUGAACGAUCGUGCUGGGCCCAGCAGUCAGGCAAGCUCGACAGGCGAUACAGAAAACACGAGCAUGGCCGGCGAUGAUCUUCCAGCUUUACAAGACUUGCUGAGACAGCCGAUUACCACGACUUCGAGGCAGUCUGGCAAACGGAAAUCGUCACCGUCUCGGUCUUCCACAAGGAAGCGCAAGAGAUAUGAUAUUGUUGACAGCGAUUCUCUUGAACCUGCAUCCGUUUUCAGACUUGGGCCCAGCACAACAGACUCGCCUGCCGCAGCGCGUAGUUCUAGACGACUCGCCGACGACGAGAAACAUCAACAUAAGUCUUCGGAACCUCCAUUAGUGUCAGCCAAACAGACCGAUCAAUUUCUGAGGUUGACACGACGACCCAUUGUCUGUAAUGUGAGUGACUCCGAGGAUGAACUCGCUGGCCCUACCACCGCCCAGCAGCUGGACCACGAAGAUACCGCAUCUCAAUCUGAAUCUGACACAGGCUCUGAGAGUGGUUCUGAGAUUGUCAACACGGUUGGUCGUCGCAUCAGGGGAGUUCUUCCCGCAUCUUGGCUGCGGCUAGAUCAGCAAGCUGGUCACAAGAAGGCCCUGAAGGACACCAAUAAGCGAGCUGUUGCCUUUCCACCUGAACGGGAAAUAAGACGAGGUGUUGCACAGAGGCGAGUCGCCUCGUCAAAUUCCGUCACAAACUUUGAGAUGUUCUUUGAAGACUCUGAUGAAGAUUCGCCAACACCUACAUCAGCCCUGCGACGGGAAACAACUGACAAUGUAUUCCACAACCAAACCCGCUUAACCACUGAUGACGGGCCUAUAACCAUUUCAGAAAUCCUGUCUGAUGAUGAGGGAUCUGUAGUCGAGGACAACGCUAUUGACCCUAUGUUUACUGGACGGAAACGACAAUUGAAGCUUGCGGACUCUUUUCGUGGCCCAGCAAAACGACACAAAACUUCCGAUGCUCAACGGAAACAAGUAGCACCCAGAGAACCCGAUCAGCUCAGAAUUACUAGCAUGCUCGCUGGGACUUCUGUGCCUGCACCUGAGCUCGUCAAGAAGAAGUAUCGCCAUCCUACAUUGAUACGCAAGUCCAAUGGAAAGAAACGGCCAACGAAGAACAAGUCAUAUGCACCACCUCGACUAAGUAUUCUGGACGUUGUCGAAGCAGACGCACCACGGUUCCUCAAGAUUGCUGCGAGGUCUGCUACCCGGCGCCGAGACAUGGGCAGGAGUAGCCCUGGUAGAAAGUUGAUCAAACUUGCUACUAGGGAGGACCAUAUUGACGCGACAUCUGUCUUGAAUAACUGGUGGGUCGGUUCGAUCUCCCAACGCCAGUCGGUCACUGCUGCUCGAAAAGCCAAAGCUAAGCCGAACCCUAAGCACAGGGAAACGAAGCAACCUCUGCGUGAAACAUCUGGGAAUGGCUCUUCUAUCCCACGGCGGAUGCCAUUGGCCUCAGGAGCAUCUCGACGCCUGGUCAAACAAGUGAGCCAGGCAGGGUCAGUCAGGUAUCAGCCGGACAGUACUCAUGCAGAAACUCGAAUGAGCCAGAACGCCCUUACCAGCACCCCCUUAUCCCGUUCUGGCUCAGGAGUCGUGCGCCCAGCUCAACUAGAAACGGAUGAAACAGACCAGACUAGUCGCUUCUUAUUCAACGCAACCAAGAAACGUCUGGAUCGUCUGUACCGGAAACAGCGUGGUGACCUUUCUGCUUCAAGCAUCAUGACCUUCGACCAUGAACCCGAUACGUUUUACUCAGGGAGUCCACCUCCCGAACAAAACCCAGUGCCUCUCCGAGUCGUAGAGGAACCAUCUCAAAGCCUGAACAAAUCGCGAUUUCGGAAGAAGACCAAACCUCGACGAAUUGAUGUCGAAGCACCACAAUUUAGUCGUGCCAAUGAUCCUAUCCCCGUCGAGUUUGCCUCAAUCUCAGAGCCCGCUCAGUCUAUAGUGGCGAAUGAGGAGAAGCUUCAAGGUUUGGGGCCGUAUGGCACACAGUACACACAUCAUUUCGAAAUUUUCCCUCUGGAUGCCCAGGUCUACUUCCACGAGUCAACUCUUAUUGGAAGUGGUGUAUUUGAAUCUGUAUCAAGUGCCCCGAGCUGCCGACAUCUACUGGAAACUCGACCACGGGUAUCGUUUAGCUUUGGGGAGCAAAUCCUCAGAUGGGGCCGCUGGGACUCGCAAGUUUCCUCUGAGCUGGGUAUGCUUCUCGAUUCCAUCGCAGACCAGCUCGAGUACACAUCAGUCAACGAAGAAGCCCAAGACCCCAAAUUUGUCAAAAGUGCUGCAGGGUUCAUCAUGAACUUCAUGCUGAAUUCUUUGAGCCUCACGGACCAUACACAGGCAAAGUCUUUCGUUGGGAGGGCGCUUGAGGCGUUCCAGAUAUUCAAUAGCCGCAUACAAGCGGUACUGGGACGUGGCGAUAACACCGCACAACCCCAGUAUCUAUCUAUUGCAAGCAUCUAUGAAUACUUGCUUCUUGCUGCGCUCUUUGUUCUGAGACUUUGCCAAAGUGAUACUUCUCUGACGAAUGAUCAAUUUCAAAUGGAGGAUCUAGUGAAGGGCUUGGCCAGAACUGCAAUUAUAUCACUCUCCAUGGCUGGAACGGACAACAUCACAAAAGUCUACAGUGACCUGAAGAACUCACGGUUACGAGAGCGAGGAUUGAGAGAUGAUGUGCCCGCCAUUCACUCAUGGCUUAUUACCAUCAAGACUCUGGAACAUGCCCAUAUCCCUCGGGGCUCAUUCUGGGACAUUCUGUACGCCGUCAUAGCCACGCCUGAGGUUUCAGAAAGCCUCGAUGCGACUGAGCACGAGCGCUUGUGGGAAACUAUGUUUCUUCUCCUCCCGCUUACUGAGUUUAACGACAAAGGUAUCGUUGCUGCAGGUCGAAGGCAUGAUGCAGUUGUCGAUGGCUGGGCAUUGCCACAAAAACUGCUCAAGAAAGUUUUCCAGGUCUACAAGAAUAACCCACGGCAGUCACCAAGCUUCAACAACUACUGUCGGGCACUAGUUCGCCGUUGCCACUAUCUUGUUCAGCAAUGGGGCUGGCACAGAUGUGUAGCCGUGAUUGGUGUCAUCUUUGACUUCUUUGGCUCGCAGGACCUUGCUCAUCUGCGCAAUGAAGAGGUGUUCGCUUCGCCCAAGUUUCUGGAUGAUCUCGCGGGAAGUCCCUCACUGUCCGUUGAUAAGGCCGACAAGUGCUUCCACAUCUUCCUCAAGCUAGUUGCGUUAAGUAUCAAGAAGCUACGCGCCGCUGGUUCGUUGAAAGACAUCCGGAACCUGAUAGCCCGAACGAUGCCAAAUCAUAACCGGCAACUCCUAAAGGAGCAGACGAUCCAGGAGCGUGAUUUGGCUGCGUUGCGAAAUCAUCAUGAUCUGCUCUGCACCCUUUUCUGGGCUUCGCCGGCAGAACGUCGCCCAGGCGCCCAUUUGAUCGAGCGACUCGUCGCCCCAGCAAGCUCCCACAAAGAGGCGUGCUUAAUCAAUGUCAGAGCCUGGAACCAAUUGGCCAAGUUUAUCAUCGCGUCCGGAGAAGCUACGACAGCUUUCAGACCGUUCGCACAGUGGCGGAACAGCUUUUUCCAAUCCAUGAUGCAACAGUUUGAUUCCGUACAGUCUGAUAUGCAACAGCAAGUCUUGGCCAUGUCUAAAGAUGCCAGCCAUACAAUCGACCCAGACUUGAUCAAUGCCGUAGUGGCCACGAACAAAAAGGCUACAAUGGAUGUAUUGUAUGUCUCGGUGGCAGCAUCAUUAGAUGUUAUGAGGCAUGCGCCUAAUUUGGAGGCCGCCACGUUCGCCCUGAACACACUGCAACUACAGCAAGUCUUCCGGCGAUGCAGUGCAUAUCCCAUAGAGCUCGACUGGUCUAUUCUCCGUUCUUCCCUGUCCACCUUGGAGGUUUUCCUCUCCCGUGUUGAUGAGUUCAAGGACGACGAAGAUAGUCAACAGAGCGAGAGCCAAAUCUUGAACUCAGCUCAAGCGGACGAUGCUAUCUUGGUGAUUGAUCACGACCUAUCCAAAGCCUACUUCUCAAUGGCAAGAUGCAUUCUCUCCUCACAGGGUGAAGUUGGUGAAUCCCCUUCUGAAGCUGUGCAGAGAUCCCAAUGCACUGAGCAGGUCAUAAUCUUGACAGCCAAGCUUGUAGUAAGGUUCAUUACUGGUGGACUGUUGCGCCUUGCCGAUAUAUUCAAGCCAGGGAAAUAUAGCCUGUUCGAGGAUGUUCCAGCCAAACUUGACCUCGACCAACGACGAAAUCUUGUCUUAUUCUUAACCACGCUCCUUAAGCACAACUUUGAUGAUUUCAGCGAGGCAGACUUUUCUCUUUCAGAGGUCUGGGCUCUGUCAAUCGUCAAGCCAAGGCCAUACCUAUCGUAUGAAACCCAAUUUGCGGAGCAGCUGCUGCGAAAGCAGAAAGAAUUCGUCCCAGACGCAGUCGUUGGACUUGCUAUCAACCCGGACUACAACACAAACCGAGACCUCUUCGAAUUCCUCAUAACGUGGAUGCGCAAGUCCUUGCGAGAUGCUGGACCAGCGCUGAAGAAGGUCAUCAUGUCAGAACACUCCAAAACCCUCAAGUUGGUGAUGCAGCAGAUCAUCGGAGAUUUGCGGACCAUGUCUCACGAUGCCUCUGAGCAUUCUAGCUAUGUGGUCUUUGUUCGGGAUAUCAUUGCGCUUAUUAGAGCUCACGGCUCUGAUAUUUGCACAGUCGACAAGUAUUUCUAUCAGAUCAGUAAGGAGUAUUCGCCGUCUAUCCAGGACCCGCAACUGCAAGUGGCUGGUAUGAUGUCUUAUGGUCUUCGGCUGAGCGAUGGGGACACCAAGGUCAUACACCAGGUAUUCUUCUUCCUUUCUAACAACUUCAAGAUUGCACUCAAAGACAACAAGCUUGGAGACGAGGUUGAGUUUUUGUGCCGGGGAAUGGAGAACCCGGGUAUUCUAUCUUUCAUUCUGAACAAGAUGCUACCAGCGAUUGUCAAGAUUGCGACAGACGAAAGCUCGAUAUUCCCCAUGGUUGAAGUGUACGUAGGAGCACUGCGAGUUUUCUUCACCCGCGAUGCAGUUCCUCGAGAGUUGGCACAAAGCGAACUGCCGCAUGUGGUUGUUCUUUUACGUGCCAUUGCCAACUUCUUUGAUCAAGUCAGUAAGAAAGACGGACAUCUCCGGGCCGAGGAAGUCCAUCUGGUUACACAGCUGUUGACAUUGUCAAACAGCCUAUGGUCUCCUAUAUAUGGCCUGUCACUUUCUGGAAUAUCUCGCGGUUCUUGGACAGAUGCUGUGCAAGUCCUGAAGCAUGUGAGGAACGGGUUGUCGAGGGCCGAAACAUAUAUCUCUGACAUGGUCAACCUUGAAGACUAUUCCGUCAGAGCAGAAACCCUCCUAUCCGGCUUUCGGCAACAGAGCAUGGCGCCCCCACAGAUUGGUGAUGAUGUCAGAAGCUUCACAGAUAAUCUCCUCAACGAUGUUCGGAAGAUCUGGGUCAACACUGGAACAAGGAUCACUAUUCAAGCGCCUGGCAGAGGUUUUACACAGACGCAGUCCAACCAAGGAACACCUGUACCAGUAUGGAAUGCAGAAGUCUUGGUGACCGUCUUGUACAGGGAGUUGAGGACAUGGAAUCAUUGGUGGAACAAAGUGUUUGGCAAGGAGUCAAGACGAGUAGACGUGAUUGAACCUGUCUUGUUUUAA